ACAGGGUUUGGCGAACAGCACCGAUCAAGGAAGUAUUGGUUGCGCGCUUCUCACGCGAAAACAAAGUGUAUCCAUAUGGAUUUCGAUGACGCUAUUGACUGAAAUCAUCAAAUACAGCUAAACUAUUCUUUAAUAGUGACAAAAAAUUCAGCCCUCGUGUUCUCUGGCGUAAGAUGGAGCGAACGCGAAGGCCGAGAAAUCCAGUCCAAGAUCAGUACACGAUUUUACGCUUAAUAAACCAAGUAAAGCGACAUUCCUGCAUAUGGGACGAAGCUGAUUCCAACUAUCGCAAUUCAAUCGCGAGGACGGAGGCUUGGAAUGCUAUAGCCAAACAAACCGGGAUAUUCGUCCCUAUUCUUAUGCGAAAGUGGCGAAGCUUGACUUGUUCGUAUCGCAGAAUUAAAGCCGAACUGAUUAAAAAACAGGAACAACAUCCCGGCAAGAGCUUGAAAUCAUCCUGGUUCGCAUAUAAUGCGAUGGAGUUUUUGGAAAAUAUGCAAAGGGGCCACCGCAAAAGGGGAACGCUCAAAUAUUUACUUGCGGGAACAGCAGACCAUAGCAGCGCUUCAAAUGACAGCCAACUAGAUGACUUUAUCGACCAGGAAGAAGAGCACUUAGAAGAGAUGGAAGAAAUUUUUGAAAUUGAACCAGAAGCCCAAUCGCCGGCAACAGAUACCGAGUGCAAUGAACAUGAUGCAGAGCUGAACGAAAACAGUCCAGCCACGAGUUGGAUCCAGCCACAACCAGAUACUGGAGACGAAUAUCAAGAAGAUAAUGAAUUAUCAUUUGAAAAACGUUAUCUUAACGAACAACGAAAAUCGGUUCUACUAUAUGAGCUGAAUGAAAAGCUCGAGAAGGAUUUAGCUGAACAGAAAGCUAAGGUUGAGGUACAACGUUUGAAGAUAGAACGCUUAGAGCAGAAAUUGAAAGAUACAGAACAAAAACUGGCAAGCUUUACAAAAAAACGACAAGAAGAUGACGACGAAAUAACCUCGACUGGAGGGGCAUAUCCCAAAACUGCAGAAGUUUCCGGUGUAUUAGGAUGUCGCGAAAGUGUAACAGUACCUGCCACUCUGUCCGUUUCAAGUUCUCCAAAUCGAUGUGUAGAAGAGCAAACUGAUCCGUUGUGCAGCGCGCUAGGUCCGAAUCAAUUGAGUGGCACUGUUUACGCGGGGAGAAGUAUGAAAGUUUCUCAAUUAAUUACAAAUUCGUUGAAAAGAUUGCAAACUUCGGUUCAGCAACUGGCCAACAAAACUACGCGCCGUUAUAGUGGCUUUGGAGAUUUUAUGGUCAGUGAACUGAAUGAGAUGGAUGAGGCGACAAGCUUAAGAUUGAUAAAUGAAAUGACAUCGUUGCUAAAAACGGCAUCAGAUGGUGUCGUUCGCAAGAACAAAAACGUAAACAAAUAAAGAUGGCAAAACUAAAGUUACAGCACACGUAACUUUAUAAAGCAGGUAGCAGUUACUCGUUUGGCGAACAUCCAACGUGUGCGAUUUCUCCGCAUUUCAGUAUUUUUUACUCAAACCUGUCGCAAAAGAAAAUAGAGUAAGUAGAUAGAAACACUUGUUGUGAAUAUAUUGCAUACUCUUCCUCAUCAUGUAAUAAUAAAGUUCAAUAAAUUUGAUAUACGGUGCGACCAACCGUUCGAUAAUCCAAAAAUCUUUUCAACAGCUUCCGAUACUCGCCACUAGAUGGCGUUAGUGAAUCCAGUUGGACUAGCCCAGUGGUCGGCAAUCUUUGCGGUAGAAAAACCAAUUUUAUACAAAACGAAGUGAAGAGCCAAAUUGAUAAAUCAACCAUACAAAAUGUGAUAGUUCUAUAAAAUAUAUGACAGGAAAAGAUCCAUCACUAAAGCAAGGAUUUGCUUGUGGCUCGUGAUCCGUGAUUGCUGAUCACCCAAGCGCUUAAAC